AUGCCAACUCAGUAUUGGCAUGAGCAGUACCCCAAGUGGCCGUCCAUCGCAGCGGUGGGUGGCCAGAAUUUGGCCGAAGAGUCUCCGGUGAAAUAUCCCAUCGAGAUGUCCCCCAUCCCGCAGCAGUCGGACAGCUGCAAUUAUUCCUGCUCCUCGUGGCGGGGCUACCGGACCAACGAGAUGAACUUCCGCGUGAGCUUGACCUUGAACGAUUCCAUCCUGGCCAAAGGCUAUGUUCACACGGUGUACCCAGUGUUGCUGGCCUCGGCAGACUUCAAUGAUUGGUGGGUUGUGGCUGAUCGAAGACACUCCUAUCCCCAACCUUUCUGGAGGGCCAGGACAGCUGCUGCUGGACAUGCCUACACCUACACGACUGAUACUUGCAACGUGCCACCAGACAGUCAGGAUUCAAUCAGUCAGACCACCUCCGGGCAGUACGUGCUCGCCUGCGUGGUGUGGAAGCCGUCCAGCUUCGCAGCCCUGGAGGCCAUGACCUCGGUGGAGGAUUCGGACAUUGGCACACACUGCCACAGCGCAGGUGGUGUGUGUGGCUGGACCUGCGACUCGGUCAUCAACAGCGACUUGCUGGAGGGAUGCACCGCGGACAGCACCAUUGAGAUGACGCAGAGCUCCAUCGCAGGGCGGGAGAUCCCAAGUGCCAACUUCCAGGGGAAGAUCGAGAUGAGGGAGUGCAUGAAUGGUGGAGUGAAUGGCGUUUGCGACACCGGCACCGAGAAGUUCAAGCAAUGGAAUUGCCACAAGUGUUUGUACGACCCUCGAACUGAAGAUGACAUGAGGCGGCGCUUGCAGAUCAUCCCCGGCAUCGGCGGUUUGCCUGCCGGACUGCCGGGCUUGGACACGGACCCGGAUACGCCCGCCACGCCUGGAAUUCCAGGAGUCCCAGGCAUUGACCUGCCAGGCGUUGGUGGGGGCUCCAGCUCGGAAGGAAAGGGCCCCAUGAUCUACACCUCCCUUCCGCGGUUCCAUGUCACAGUCAGCGGUUCAACGGCACCGAAUGGCAUUGAUGUCUUCAACCAGCCGCGGGUCUUCGUGUUGCAGUCCUCCAGGUCCAGCCAAGGAAAGUGGAGGAAACUCUACAAGCACAACUACGGCAUGACAUCUCCACCAGAGGCUGUGGGCAAGGACAACAAGCCGCUGGUCAAGGAGGACCCCGAUUCCUAUGACGAGGAAAUGGUGCCCGUCCAAGAUCCAGUGAGUGCCCAUGCCAUGAAUUUGAACCAGCAGAAUCGCUUGGACAUUGACCCCGGCUGGUGCUACGGACGUCAGGGACCCUUGUACUUGGUGGCGUGCGCGGUGAACAGCACGCUCUACGAGGGAACCUUCACCCGAUUCAAGGCAGGACAACAAGCCGCGCCCCCGCCCUUCAAUGACCGUUGUGUGGCCGUGAGUGGGCGCUGCGCCUAUGCGUGCCAGUCCGAGCAGAGGCCCUUGGCCAACUGUACCGCUGAUGGCUACAUCAACCAGACUGCCUUGGUUGGAUAUGUUGGCUAUGAGAAGAACCAAACGGCGCCUGUGUGGCUCUUUUGCUAUGUCUUGUUGAUCGGCUUCGGCGUCAAAGCAGUCAUGCUUUGCCCAGGUGUUUUCUCUCCAUAUCCCCACUUCCGGAGGUAUGACCCCGAGCUCACCGCAAACCUGCGCUACAUCACCGUAUGUAUUCCCAGUGCCGGAGAGAACAAGUGCGUGGUGCUGAGAAAUGUCAUUGGUGCAAUUGGUUGCAUGCCCAAAGACUGCCGUUGCCGCUACCACGUAACCUUUGUUGACGAGGGCCACCGAUAUGAGCAGAAGGUCAUGUUCAUGAAGCUUGCAGCUGUUAUUGACCGCAUCCCGAACUUCGGUGGCGUCAGCUAUGAGGAGAACGUGAGCAGGUUCUUCCAGACAUGGGUGGAAGAGACCAAGAAGUUGGACUUGGCCAAGGUGAAGGAUGGAGCAAAGGGAGAAGAUGUAGAGCCACAGUACAUGGUGCGCAUGUGUGGGAAGAGUUCCCUCAAGAAACUCCGCACCGAGGGCGGUUGGGGAACCAUGGCUCCGCAGGCGUUGGAACCCUUGGAGCAGGCACUGAAUGGUUUGGAGGAAGAUCUCAAGAGCAAGAAGGAGGAGAAGAAGGACAUGCACCGUGAUGAUGUCGCAGACUGGGAGCCCAAGGACCGCAAUAGCUUGGCGCUUCGAAUGCACUACCUCGCGCGUGCCAAGCCCAUUGAAGAUGAGCGUACCAUCAAGGCUCAGCAUGUGGCGCCAGGAACAUGGUACUACAAGGUCCCAGUGAAUGCGGAGAACAAGGACUGGCUCAAACUUCGUGCUAAUGCCAGGGAGAUGGUGUAUGGUUUGGAGGACGAUGAUGCUUUCAUGAACAACGUCCCUCUACGAACAAGCCGUGGAAAAGCAGGCGGCUUGAAUUUCUCAGAGAACUACUUGUGCCUCUACGCAGACAGGCCAGAGAACAUGUACAAUGAUGAGCGAGACAACUACCCAUGCCUCUACAGCAUUUGCGAUGCUCGUCAUCAGUUCCAGACAGAUUUCUUUCACACCACCAUCCCGUACUUCUUUGACGAUGACAUGGAGCUGAACCCCUACGUUGGCUUCACCCAGUGCCCGCAGUUCUUCCACGAGAUGCAGGACAAGUUGGAUUACUUGGACAACAACAAUGCUCAGUUCUUCCGCUUGAAUUGUAUGAUUCGAAAUUGCUGCGGUGGUGUAAGCUCUUGCGGAACCAAUGGUACUUGGAUGAUUAGGCAUCCUCCAGGAGAUUUGGUGUGGGAGAAAGAAAGGAGGCGAGUGCGAGAUGCGGAAAGCAAGCGAAAGAGCCAGGAGUAUGUGGAGCGAAGAACCUUCCACGAAAGUUGCAAAGUCGAAGACACAGCCAGUAGUCUUCAGCAAGUGCUGCGGGGUCGUCGCUCCCAGUUCAUCAAUCGUCGCUUGUCCUUUGGCAUGGCCAAGAACCCGGUAGACUACCUGGCGGCCGUGCAGCGUUGGGCCGAAGGAGGCGUGGUCUUGUCUCUCCAGACAUUCUUCAGCUGCCACAAAGGUGUCUACAUGGUGUGGUUCACGCUGAUCUUCUUCUUCUGCUUUUUGGCAUCGCUCUUCCGCAUGGUGGGCAAGACGGACUCCACUUGGGCGAUCGUCCGAUGGGGUUUGGUGGAUCAGGAAUGGUAUGACCAGGCCAUCAGCCCGGUACUGGACAGCAUGAAACACUUGGCGUUGGUGGCUCGAAGCGAAUAUUUCAAGCAAAAUCCGGAGCUGCUGGAGACCUACCUCACCAUGACCCUCCAGUUCAUCAGCUGGGUUUUGACCUUGGUCUUCUUCCUCUUGCUGGUCUUCCUCUUCACUGAGCUUCUGAAGUUAGUCCAGAGGACUUGCGGCCUCCGGCUUCCAGUGAUUUGGCCAGAUGAGAUGCGAUGGUGGGGACGGCUCCUGAUCUCCAUGGAUAACUUGACCUACUUCUUGUGGUUUUGGACGGCCUUCUUCUGGAUUGGUUUCAACUACUACAGCAUCUUCGCGAAGCGCACGUACCACUUCUCAUCCACGGGCAUGUUUUCCUUCAUGCUGAUCGUGCAGAUUUUGAGUUGGGGCAUGAUCAUUGCAUCGUCUUUGCGCUACACGCUCUCUACCAGUAUGGAAGCCAACGAAGUGAUUGGGCUGUCCAUGGACAACAUUUGGCGAUCCACCCAGCUCUUCUACAUCUCCGCACCUUUGCUGCUGUAUUCCAUCAUCAAGGGCAUUCAGGAUUACAUGAGAUACCAACUUUACGGUGAAGACAUCAGCUAUUGGGUUGGUGGUGACCGUGGUGUGAUGUCUAAGAACUUGGUGAAGUAUUGGACGUUGCUCCUGAUUUUGGGCGCUAUCGGUGCAUGGAUUUACUACCUCAUUGAGGGCCGGAAGCACAUGGGUGUGCUGUCAGCGGUGAUCAUUGUAUCUUUGAUUGCUCUUGAUGUGCUUCACCCUUGCACCUACCUGUGGGUGGAAAAGACCAAGUUGAAGCCAGCACAAGCGGCCAAGCUUACUUGGAGUCAAGCCUUGGUGACUCGUGGAUGGUGGGAGUUGAUGAUCAGCAACUUGAUCCUGAAUGAGACUGUGACAGGUCUCAUGAAGUGGCUUGGGCCAGCGUGGUUUGUCCUCAUGCCCUUCUUGACCCUCUUCAUGCCCUACAUCGGUGUGAACCAGGCCUUCAUGAUGAUCGGCUCGACGACCAACCGCUCGACGGACCCCGAAGAAGGCUCCACCGAAGAAUCCGAUGAUGAGACCAUCGACCACACCUUGGUGAACUUGAAGCAGCCACGCGGGUGCCGCCCACCCUUGACGGCGGCAUGUUGUUGCCACGUGUGCUAUGUUUGCCAGUUCUUGAUUUUCAUGGUGGUGUUUCCUUUGUGGACGAAGUGGUUGGUGACGAAUCCAAUGCCUACGCAGUAUUGGCAUGAGCAAUAUCCCAAGUGGCCGUCGAUCGCAGCGGUGGGAGGGCAAAAGCUGGCCGAGCAGAGCCCAGUGCAGUACCCGAUUGAGAUGUCUCCUAUCCCGCAGCAGUCGGACAGCUGCAAUUAUUCCUGCUCCUCGUGGCGGGGCUACCGGACCAACGAGAUGAACUUCCGCGUGAGCUUGACCUUGAACGACUCCAUCUUGGCCAAAGGCUAUGUUCACACCGUUUACCCGGUGCUCCUGGCAUCCGCCGACUUCAAUGACUGGUGGGUGGUGGCUGAUCGCCGCUUCGCCUACCCACAGCCCUUUUGGAGAGCAAGGACCGCGGAGGCCGGCCACGCGUACACGUAUACCUCGGACACCUGCAUCGUCCCACCUUCAAGCCCGGAUUCCAUCAGUGAGACCACCUCGGGGCAGUACGUCUUGGCCUGUGUGGUUUGGAGCCCCACGAGUUUCGCCACGCUGGAGGCCAUGACGGAGCGCCUUGGAGAAGACAGUGCCCGUGCUUCACCGCGCGCAGGUGGUGUCUGUGGCUGGACAUGCGACUCGGUCAUCAACAGCGACUUGCUGGAAGGAUGCACCGCGGACAGCACCAUUGAGAUGACAUCGUCCUCGGUGGCCGGGCGGGAGAUUCCAACCGCCAACUUCAAAGGCUCCAUCGAAAUGAGGGAGUGUUUGAAUGGUGGCUUGAAUGGGGUGUGUGACACGGCCACUGAGAAGUUCAAGCAGUGGACUUGCCACAAGUGCCUCUACGAUCCCCGAACAGAAGAUGACAUGAGGAGGAGAUUGCAGAUCAUCCCAGGCAUCGGUGGCUUGCCAGCGGGCCUACCUGGCUUGGACACUGACCCCGAUACACCAGCUACUCCUGGCGUGCCUGGCUUGCCUGGUAUUCCUGGCCUUGGUGAUGAAACAAGUUCUGGCGAAGGAAAGGGACCCAUGAUCUACACCUCCCUUCCACGCUUCCAUGUGACCGUCAGUGGCGCAACGGCACCCUCUGGCACUGAUGUCUUCAGUCAGCCUCGGGUCUUCAUUUUGCAGUCUUCGCGGUCCAACAAAGGAAAGUGGAAGAAACUCUAUAAGCACAACUAUGGUAUGACAUCUCCACCAGAGGCUGUGGGUAAGGACAACAAGCCGCUAAUCAAGCAGGAUCCCGAUUCCUAUGAUGAAGAGAUGCCACCAGUGCAAGAUCCCGUGAGUGCUCAUGCGAUGAAUUUGAACCAACAAAAUCGUUUGGAACUGGAUCCCACCUGGUGCUAUGGCCGACAGGGGCCCCUUUACUUGGUGGCCUGUGCAGUGAAUAGCACUUUGUAUGAAGGUAGCUUCUCCAGGUUCAAAGCAGGACAGCAGGCUGCACCACCACCAUUCAAUGAUCGAUGUGUGGCAGUCUCUGGGCGUUGUGCUUAUGCGUGCCAGUCUGAGCAACGACCGUUGGCCAAUUGUACCGAGGAUGGCUACAUCAACCAGACUGCCUUGGUUGGAUAUGUUGGCUAUGAGAAGAACCAGACAGCACCUGUGUGGCUCUUUUGCUAUGUCUUGUUGAUCGGCUUCGGCGUCAAAGCAGUCAUGCUUUGCCCAGGUGUUUUCUCUCCAUAUCCCCACUUCCGGAGGUAUGACCCCGAGCUCACCGCAAACCUGCGCUACAUCACCGUAUGUAUUCCCAGUGCCGGAGAGAACAAGUGCGUGGUGCUGAGAAAUGUCAUUGGUGCAAUUGGCUGCAUGCCCAAAGACUGCCGUUGCCGAUACCAUGUUACCUUUGUCGACGAGGGUCACCGAAAUGAGCAGAAGGUCAUGUUCAUGAAGCUUGCAGCUGUGAUUGACCGCAUCCCGAACUUCGGUGGCGUCAGCUAUGAGGAGAACGUGAGCAGGUUCUUCCAGACAUGGGUGGAAGAGACCAAGAAGAUGGACUUGGCCAAGGUGAAGGAUGGAGCUAAGGGAGAAGAUGUAGAGCCACAAUACAUGGUGCGCAUGUGUGGUAAGAGCUCUUUGAAGAAGUUGCGUUCAGAAGGCGGUUGGGGCUCCAUGCCCCCCUCUGCGCUGGAGCCUUUGGAUCAGGCGCUGAAUGUCUUGGAGGAAGAUCUGAAGAGCAAGAAGGAAGAGAAGAAGGACAUGCACCGUGAUGAUGUCGCGGACUGGGAGCCCAAGGACCGCAAUAGCUUGGCGCUGCGAAUGCACUACCUCGCGCGUGCCAAGCCCAUUGAAGAUGAGCGUACCAUCAAGGCUCAACAUGUUGCGCCCGGAACAUGGUACUACAAGGUCCCAGUGAAUGCAGAGAACAAGGACUGGCUCAAACUUCGGGCCAAUGCCAAGGAGAUGGUGUAUGGUUUGGAGGACGAUGAUGCUUUCAUGAACAACGUCCCUCUACGAACAAGCCGUGGAAAAGCAGGAGGCUUGAACUUCUCAGAGAACUACUUGUGCCUCUAUGCAGACAGGCCAGAGAACGUGUACAAUGAUGAGCGAGACAAUUACCCAUGCCUCUACAGCAUUUGCGAUGCUCGUCAUCAGUUCCAGACAGAUUUCUUUCACACCACCAUCCCGUACUUCUUUGACGAUGAUAUGGAGCUGAACCCCUACGUUGGCUUCACCCAGUGCCCGCAGUUCUUCCACGAGAUGCAGGACAAGUUGGAUUACUUGGACAACAACAACGCUCAGUUCUUCCGCUUGAAUUGUAUGAUUCGAAAUUGCUGCGGUGGUGUAAGCUCUUGCGGAACCAAUGGUACUUGGAUGAUUAGGCAUCCUCCAGGAGAUUUGGUGUGGGAGAAGGAGAAGAGGCGUGUGCGAGAUGUGGAGAGCAAGCGAAAGAGCCAGGAGUAUGUGGAGCGAAGAACCUUCCACGAAAGUUGCAAAGUCGAAGACACAGCCAGUAGUCUUCAGCAAGUGCUGCGGGGUCGUCGCUCCCAGUUCAUCAAUCGUCGCUUGUCCUUUGGCAUGGCCAAGAACCCGGUAGACUACUUGGCGGCCGUGCAGCGUUGGGCCGAAGGAGGCGUGGUCUUGUCUCUCCAGACAUUCUUCAGCUGCCACAAAGGUGUCUACAUGGUGUGGUUCACGCUGAUCUUCUUCUUCUGCUUUUUGGCAUCGCUCUUCUGCAUGGUGGGCAAGACGGACUCCACUUGGGCGAUCGUCCGAUGGGGUUUGGUGGAUCAGGAGACCUACAACCAGGCCAUCAACCCCUUGGUGGAAAAGUUGAAGACCCUUGCGCUCGUGGCCCGAAGUGAGUACUUCAAGCAGAAUCCAGACUUGUUGGAGACCUAUCUCACCAUGACCCUGCAAUUCAUCAGCUGGGUUCUGACUUUGGUCUUCUUCCUCUUGCUGGUUUUCCUCUUCACUGAGCUUCUGAAACUCAUCCAGAGGGUUUGCGGCCUCCGGCUUCCAGUGAUUUGGCCAGAUGAGAUGCGAUGGUGGGGACGGCUCCUGAUCUCCAUGGAUAACUUGACCUACUUCUUGUGGUUUUGGACGGCCUUCUUCUGGAUUGGUUUCAACUACUACAGCAUCUUCGCGAAGCGCACGUACCACUUCUCAUCCACGGGCAUGUUUUCCUUCAUGCUGAUCGUGCAGAUUUUGAGUUGGGGCAUGAUCAUUGCAUCGUCUUUGCGGUACACGCUCUCUACCAGUAUGGAAGCCAACGAAGUGAUUGGGCUGUCCAUGGACAACAUUUGGCGAUCCACCCAGCUCUUCUACAUCUCCGCACCUUUGCUGCUCUAUUCCAUCAUCAAGGGCAUUCAGGAUUACAUGAGAUACCAACUUUACGGUGAAGACAUCAGCUAUUGGGUUGGUGGUGACCGUGGUGUGAUGUCUAAGAACUUGGUGAAGUAUUGGACCUUGCUCCUGAUUUUGGGCGCUAUCGGUGCAUGGAUUUACUACCUCAUUGAGGGCCGGAAGCACAUGGGUGUGCUGUCAGCGGUGAUCAUUGUAUCUUUGAUUGCUCUUGAUGUGCUUCACCCUUGCACCUACCUGUGGGUGGAAAAGACCAAGUUGAAGCCAGCACAAGCGGCCAAGCUUACUUGGAGUCAAGCCUUGGUGACUCGUGGAUGGUGGGAGUUGAUGAUCAGCAACUUGAUCCUGAAUGAGACUGUGACAGGUCUCAUGAAGUGGCUUGGGCCAGCGUGGUUUGUCCUCAUGCCCUUCUUGACCCUCUUCAUGCCCUACAUCGGUGUGAACCAGGCCUUCAUGAUGAUCGGAUCCACGACGAACCGCUGA